AUGCUUCAGCUCCGACAGGACGUGUCUGGGGAGCUCCAGGAGCACCGGCAUAGAGCUGAGGAGAGCCAGAAGGAUCUGGCAUCCGAGUUGAAGCAGCUUGUGGAUCAGAGCAGGUCAGAAGUCAGCGCAGAACUCGCCAAAACCUUAAAGGCCGUCCAAGGGCCUCUGGAGCUGCAGGAGAUGCUGGCAACAGCGCGGCAAGAGCUGAAGGACGAGCUGGAAACUCUGCAGGAGCUCCGCCGCAAGAUUGAGGCAGCGGCUGCUGAGGACAGCAAGGCCAGACUCCAAGAUUCGGUGUGCCCGUUUGCUCGCUGCUUUCUGAAGGCCGCUGGAGAUCAGGCGACAGAGCUUCGAGGCAUCUUCGAGCAGCACACAGCCCAGCUGGAGUCCUUGCAGGCCCACACUUUCGAGGCACCCGCAAAGCGAGUUGCCUCUGACAAGUGGCGCAGGCUCAGCUGGAGUGCCACAAGGCUCUGA